AAGACACUCUCGCAGACCACCUGCGUCUGUCGUCAAAGCCGAUCCAUGGUCACAGUUUCAGAAUUCCCAGAACGAAUUAAGGGGGAAUGAUAUGGACCAUACAUACUCAAAUCAAGACAGCCCAGUAGAAUGUCUUUUCGCAAUAAAUGCAGGUGUUUCAUGAGAAUGAUCAGGUCGCUCGGUUGCAUCAAUAUAUAACAGUCCGAAAACCCUGGAAUGGCUAUGCGACGCUGUAAAUUAACGCUUCCUCUCAACUCAGCGGAUUUCACGUUCGGUCUUACGUCACUGGUCUGGGAGUGAAUCAUCAUAAGAGAAUAGGGAUGCUGCGCCCGUGAACUGGACCAUCGCACUUAUUUUAAAAUAGCUCAUUUUGUCAUCUUAGUCUUAUCAUGGAAGAAAUACUGCGGAAGCUACAGAAGGACGCAUCUGGAAAUAAGCACAAAGCAAUUCGGGAUUCGUGCGUCUUCGCCUGUGAAACCCUUAAGAAACAAACUGGAUCGGCCACGAUUCCACCGUCUCGGCUCAGAGAAAGAUGCCUUCUCCCUCUUCAGCUGGCACUGGAGUCCAAGAACAUGAAACUGGCCCAGACUGCCCUCACAGGAAUGCAGAAGAUCCUGUGUGAGGACAGGUUUGUGGCUGUGGAGGCGGAGGCUCUGGAGAGCCAGCUGUUGAGUCAGAUGCUGGAUGCAGUGAGGGUGACCCCCAUGCUCCACGAGGACCUGCAGGUCGAGGUCAUGAAGGUCCUUCUCUGCAUCACGUACUCCUCCACCUUUGAGAUCAAUGGAGACUCCAUCCUGAGGAUUGCUGAGGUGUGUAUCGAGACGUACAUGUCCAGCUGUCACCAGCGCAGCAUCAACACGGCCGUGAGGGCCACCCUCAGCCAGAUCCUGGGGGACCUCGCCCUGCAGCUCAGACACAGACAGGGAGUGGAUGGCGAAGACCCACCAGUGCCCGCACACCAGCGCAGAGAUGUGUCUCCCACUGCACAGUCCCUGUGUGAGGACGUUGUGACUGUGAUAACCGUCUUCUGCGAGAAGCUAGAGGGGGUUGACCAUGAGAACCAGCUGCUCCAGCUGCUCUACCUAGAGUGCAUCUUGUCCAUGCUCAGCAGCUGUCCUCCCACCAUGCACCUGAACAGAGGCUUCACAGACCUGAUCUGGAAGCAACUUUGUCCGUCGUUGGUGGUGAUCAUGGGAAACCCUGUGAACGACAAGACCAUCACCUCGGCCCACGGCCACGGAGGGGGGUGUCAGGAUCCAGACCCCUCUCUAGGUGGUGUGUCUGACCAGGGCCGGGGAUCCGGCUGCUCCUCCACCACUCCGGCCAUGAUCGGCCCGGUGGUGCGGACCAUCUGCUACGUGGCUGCUGAGCUGGUGCGCCUGGUGGGCUGUGUGGAGUCCAUGAAGCCUGUUCUGCAGUCGCUGUACCACCGCAUCCUGCUCUAUCCUCCCCCACAGCACCGCGUGGAAGCCAUCAAGAUCAUGAAGGAGAUUCUGGGAAGUCCUCAGCGCUUGUUUGACCUGGCUGGUCCCUGUGUUAUAGAGCCUGAGUCUAGGAAAAGGUCCUUCUCCAAGAGGAAGUCUCACCUGGACCUGCUAAAACUGGUGAUGGAUGGCAUGACAGAGGCCUGUAUGAAGGGGGGCAUCGAGGCCUGCUACUCCUCAGUGUCGUGUGCCUGUGCCCUCCUGGGAGCUCUGGAUGAGUUGAGUCAUGGGCGUGGCCUACAGUCAGAACAGGCCCGCAUGCUGCUGCGCCGAUUGGACGAGCUGAAAGAGGGGGCAGAAUCCACGCGGGAGUCCAUGGAGAUCAAUGAGGCGGACUUCCGCUGGCAGCGCCACGUCCUCUCGUCGGAGCACGCUCCCUCUGAGCCCUCUGCCAUCUCUGCCACGGAGCGCAGUCCUGACAUCAGCAUCAGCGUCACCACCGAUACGGGCAAGACCACUCUGGAUGGGGAGCUGGGACAGACCACUCUGGAUGGGGAGCUGGGACAGACCACUCCAGAGGGGCAGGAGUGUGGUGAAGAACCCCAGCUGCCUUCGCCUUCCUCCUGCGGGCCGGACGCUGACCCUGAGCUACGCCCCUGUGUGAGGGAGCCAGGCGCCGAGCCCGGAGGACCCCCAGACGUGGUGCAGCGCAGCCACGCGCUAGUCUACCCCGACAUUACUAACUUCCUGUCCGUGGAUGCCCGGGCGCACCCUCACGGCUCGCGCUACAGCGAGAGCAACUUCAGUGUGGAUGAGGGGGAGAUGUCGCGCACUGAGUUUGAUUCAUGUGACCAGUACUCCAUGGCGGCGGAGAAGGACUCGGGCCGCUCGGAUGUGUCCGACAUGGGCUCUGAUAACUGCUCCCUGGCCGAUGAGGAGCAGACACCCAGGGAUUGUCCCGGUCAUCGCUCCCUGAGGACGGCAGCCCUUUCCCUGAAGCUACUGAAGAACCAGGAGGCUGACCAGCAGAGCGCCCGGCUCUUUGUCCAGUCUCUGGCCGGCCUGUUGCCUCGCCUGCUGGGGAUGCACAGCACGACAGACGUGGACACGUCCCUGCAGAACUUCUCCUCUACAUUCUGCUCCGGCCUACAGGCGGGUGGCAUCCAUUCACCAGGCUAUGAGGGCAGUGAGAACCUGAACUGUCAGGCCCUGAUGAACGCUGACGGCCUUUACCUGGUCUCCUACUACGCCUUGCUCCUCAGCCUCAAACUCUGCUGCCAGGACUACUACCGCAGGAGGCCCAUGCCUGUACUGGUCAGCCUGAAAGAGUUUGUUCGUCUCAUCCAGAGCAGUGGGGUGCUGGUGGUGCUGUCUCAGGCCUGGAUCGAGGAGCUCUACCUCCAGGUUCUGGACCGGAACUUGCUGGGGGAGGCUGGCUACUGGGGCUCACCAGAGGAACACUCCUUACCCCUCAUCACCAUGCUAACUGACAUCGAUGGUCUGGGCAGUAGUGCCAUCGGAGGUCAGCUGAUCCGUAAGGCCAACACACAGUCCCCCUUCAGCUGUGACAAGAGUGGCAGUGACACCCUCAUGGCAGGCAUAGUGUUUGCUCGCUACAUCCUGAUGGGCUGCUGGAAGAACCUGAUGGACACCCUGUCCACCCCACUGACGGGGCGCAUGGCGGGCAGCUCCAAGGGCCUGGCCUUCAUGCUGGGUUCUGAGGGGCUGAAGGAGCAGAGCCAGAGGGAGAGAGACACCAUCUGUCUCAGCCUGGAUGGACUACGCAAGGCAGCCGGACUCAGCUGUGCUCUAGGUGUGGCUGCCAAUUGUGCCUCGGCUCUGGCCCAGAUGGCGGCAGCCUCGUGUGUGCAGGAGGAGAAGGAGGAGAGGGAGGUGGGCGAGUCUGGAGAUGCCAUCACACAAGUCAAGCAGCGUGUGGAGCAGAAGCUUGAGCAGAUGGGACGUCCUCAGGGGGUGCGGCUGCACACGGCCCAUGUGCUCUGCAUGGAGGCCAUCCUCAACGUGGGCCUGGAGAUGGGCAGCCACAACCAGGACUGCUGGCCCCAUGUCUUCAGGGUGAGCGAAUAUGUCAGCUCUCUGGAGCACAGCCACUUCAGCGACGGCAGCUCCCAGGCCACCAUGACCAUCACCCAGGCCCAGCAGGCUGUAGACCUGGGGCUGGAUUUGUGUGGCGAGCCUAGUCCGGACAGUGAUCUGGCCCUCAGCAGCCAGCCGGUCAUCCAGCCCCAGUCCAUCCAGGAGCUGCUAAGGGAGGGUAGGGGGGGGAAAGGCCUGGACCGUAGCCUGAUGACUGGGACCAGCGCAUCCAAGGCCGUCUGCACCCUAUCUACACAGGCAGACAGGUUAUUUGAGGACUCUGUCAGUAAACUGAACAUGGUUAGCCUGGUGGGUUUCCUGCACCAGCUGAGGAGAGCAUCUCAGUCCCAGCUCUUUGACUCAGUCACUGAGACAGGAGACUACUCCUUAGCCAUGCCAGGAGAGGCCAAGUCCACCAUGGACAGGCGUAGCGCCCUGCACCUGUUCCGGCUGGGGGAGGCCAUGCUGCGGAUCGUGAGGAAUAAGACCAGACCCCUGCUGCACAUGAUGAGGGCCUGGAGCAUAGUGGCACCACACCUGGUGGAGGCUGCCUGCCACAAAGAGCGUCAUGUAUCCCAAAAGGCUGUGUCCUUCAUCCAUGAUGUUCUGAUGGAGGUGCUGACCAGCUGGGCAGAGCUUCCCCACUUCCACUUUAACGAGGCGCUCUUCAGACCCUUCGAGCACAUCAUGCAGCUGGAGCUGUGUGACGAGGACGUGCAGGACCAGGUGGUCACGUCCAUAGGGGAGCUGGUAGAGAUGUGUUCCCCUCAGAUCCAGUCUGGCUGGAGACCUCUAUUCAGUGCCCUGAGGACUGUGCAUGGGAACAAGCCAGACAUGAAAGACUACCUGAUAGGAGAAUAUUCCAUGGGGAAGUCUCAGGCACCUGUGUUUGAUGUCUUUGAAGCAUUUAUCAACACCGACAACAUUCAGGUCUUCGCCAACGCAGCAACUGACUACAUCAUGUGCCUUAUGAAGUUUGUCAAAGGUUUAGGAGAAGUGGACUAUAAGGAGAUUGGGGACUGUGUCAAUGCCACUGGCUACAGUUCUACAGACCUGUGCCUCCCUGCUCUGGACUACCUGAGGAAGUGCUCUCAGCUGCUUGCCAAAAUCUACAAGAUGCCUUCCAAGCCAGUGUUCCUGGGAGCCCGGCUGGCCAGCCUGCCCAUGAGGGCCCAGGAGAAGUCUGUCAGCAGUGAGGAUGGCAUGGACUGCGUCCUGGCUGAGUUUGACGAUGACACAGGCUUGAUCCAGGUUUGGAUCCUGCUGCUGGAGCAGCUGACUGCAGCGGUAUCGAACUGCCCCCGGCAGCACCAGCCCCCCACCCUGGAACUGCUGUUUGAACUUCUCAGAGCGCUCACCAACUUGCCAGGACCGGGCUUUGCCAUAUUCUCUGUGAUCCAGCUUCUUCUUCCUGUGAUGUCACUCUGGCUCCAGCGUAGCCAUGGCGACCAUGCGUACUGGGACAUAGCCGCAGCCAACUUCAAGCACGCCAUUGGGUUGUGCUGUGAGCUGGUAGUGGAGCACAUUCAAAGCUUCAUCCACUCAGAUAUUGGCUAUGAGCAUCUGAUCAACCUGAUGCUAAAGGACCUCUUCAAGCUGCUGGUGGCCUGUGUGGCUGAACCUGCUGAGACGAUCUCUAGAGUGGGCUGCUCCUGCAUCAGGUACGUGUUGGUGACGGUAGGCCCAGUCUUCACUGAGGAGAUGUGGCGUCUGGCAUGCUGUGCCCUGCAGGAUGCCUUCUCUGCCACCCUGGAGCCUGUCAAGAACCUGCUGGCGUGUUUCCGUAGUGGUUCAGACAGCUUCUCUGGGGACGCCUGUGAGGUUAAGGUGGCCGCUCCGUCCCACUCCCCCUCUGCUGAGGCAGAGUACUGGAGAAUCAGAGCCAUGGCCCAGCAGGUGUUUAUGCUGGACACCCAGUGCUCCCCUAAAACCCCCAAUAACAAAGAAGGCUUUGAGCAUGCCCAGUCUUGUGUGCUCAUCAUAGAGCUCCCUUCAGACCAGCAAUCCAAUGGUCACACUCAGAAAAGGAUUCCUUUCAGAACUAUAGUGGUUAGCUUACUCUCUCAUCAAGUGUUGCUCCAGAACCUGUAUGACAUUCUGCUGGAGGAGUUUAAGCACCCUGGUGAUGCUGAGACCCAGGAGAAGACCACCCCAGUAUCUGAUCCUAGACCAUCUGGUUUCCUGCGCUACAUCUCUAUGCAGAACCUGGCCAUCAUCUUCGACCUGCUGCUGGACUCCUACCGCACAGCCCGAGACUUCGACACGCGCCCGGGCCUCAAGUACCUGCUGAUGAAGGUGUCUGGGGUGUGUGGCGCUGCCAACCUGUACCGCCAGUCUGCCAUGAGCUUCAACAUCUACUUCCAGGCCCUGCUGUGUGCCACGCUCACCAACCAAGAGAGUAUCACUGCUGAGCUGGUGAAGAAGAUCCUUUACGAGGAGGGCGAAGGCAGCUCCGACUCCUCCCAGCAGUGCUCCUCCGAGGACGAGGACAUCUUCGAGGAGACGGCUCAGGUGAGUCCCCCGCGGGGGAAGGAGAAGCGCCAGUGGCGGGCCACCAUCCCUUCACUCAGCAUCCAGCCGGUCAGCAGCGCAGACUGGGCCUGGCUGGUCAAGCGGCUGCACAAGCUCUGCAUGGACCUCUGCAACAACUACAUCCAGAUGCACCUGGACCAGGAGAACCUGGUGGACGAGGCAGUGCCCGUCUUCCGGGGGGACCCCCUCUUCUUCCUGCCCUUCUUCCCCUCCACCCCCGAGACUCCCACUCCCUCCACGGGAGGCCUGUCCGGCCGGGGAACACCCUCAGAUGACAGCGUGCGCUCCCACCUGGCAGAGACGCCGUCGGAGGACACACACAGCCCUACUGCUGGCUACUGCAUGGACAGCCUGCCACACCUGAGAGGGGAGAGGAGAGACCCAGCGGGCCGCAAGAAGGAGUGGUGGGAGAGUGCUGGGAACAAGCUAUACACCAUCGCCACCGACAAGACCAUAACCAAGCUGAUGAUGGAGUACAAGAAGAGAAAGCAGCAGCACAACCAUUCCACCUUCGUGAAGGAGACCAAGGGGGGAGAGAACAGGGGCGAGGCAGGGACGAUGAGGGGCCCAGAGUCCUCCAACCCACAGAGGCCCCAGCAGCUGGUGGACCCGGGGCCCAUGAGACACUCGUUCAGUGCCGGGCCAGAGGUGCUGAGGCAGGAGAAGAUCAGACCCCGCUCCGGUUCUACAGCAAGCUCCCACAGCGUCUCCAUUAGAGACUCAGAGGCUCAGAUACAGGCAUGGACUAACAUGGUUCUGACCAUCCUGACUCAGAUCCAGCUCCUUCCAGACCCUACCUUCGUGGCCCUGCAGCCCGCCGUGUUCCCCUGCAUUAGUCAGCUGACCUGUCACGUGACUGACCUCCGUGUGCGCCAGGCAGUGCGAGAGUGGCUGAGUCGCGUAGGAAGAAUGUAUGACAUCACUAUGUGAGGAGCAGCUGCGUUCCUUAGUGUUUGUAAAGGGGAGACUCAAAGGCUCAGCCAAUGAGAAUCUGCAUUGCCACUUUUAGCCGCAUUCAGUUUGAUUGUAAUUUACAAGAAGUCAUUCAGUUUGAUUGUAAUUUACAGGAAGUCAUUCAGUUUGAUUGUAAUUUACAGGAAGUCAUUCAGUUUGAUUGUAAUUUACAGGAAGUCAUGCAGUUUAUCUUUGCUAGGUUUUGCUUUAACGCUGUCACUCCUUAAUGAAAUGGAAGUGAGCUUUUUACCAAAAAUAGAAUAGUUGUGUCUUUAAAUUAGCUGACAUAGCUAUUUAUUGUAGACCCCAAUUUAUGUUUACUACAUAUUAUUUAUAUAAAUUCUUUACAACUGCAAAUAUGCUAUUACAUUAAGAAUAUAUAUAUUUUUUAUUUAUAUUUGUGAUUUGACAUUGGAAUAACUGUACAUAAAUCAGAUAUUGUGCUAUAUGAAGAUAUUAGUUCCAGUUAGCUUUACACAUUUCAGUAGUAAAUUGGUAUACUGCACUCUGACAAGAUUCCAAUCUAUAAAUCAGGCAAAAUGAUUUACCAAGCCCAGGCCCCUCUCAGUGAAAUGGAUGAUAUUCUCUUUAGUAUUAAUUAACAUUAACAAAUGUUGUUUAAGAGAGGAGAUGAGAUGCCUUGAUGACACCAGCCAGUCACAAGGCCUUGGUGAAAGUGACCCAGUCCCCUCUAGGUAAAUAGACCAUGACCCUAAUCCAGUGGUAAAAAAACCUAGGUGGAUAAACUCUAAUUGGCUGUCGCAGUGAAAAGAGUACGGCUCCCUAUACUUUCGGGGAUUUUUUUUGUUGCAAAAGGGAGGUGAACUGUUGGGCCCAAAAUGAUUGUACUCGCGUUUACCCUCCACUACACCACUGCCCAAAUCCAUCCAUUCUUUAACAUGAUGGAAAUACAGCCUUGCUAUUAUCUAAUCACGCCUGAGAUCUCACCAUAUAGGUCAAUGAGUCGUACUCAUCAAUGUGCAAUGAAAUCAGAGAGCAAAUCCCCACAUGCUGAUCCUCAUUGAGAGCGCUGUUGAUAAACAACCCAACAAAUACUGUAAGGCAGGAUUAUGUUUCGUUCAUAUACCCUCGAACCUCAACAACAGUUUGGGUUGGAGCCAUGCUCAGACCUGGCCUGUCUAGAAACGGUCAUCCUUAGAUAAUGUCAGACCCAAACAUGAUGAUUCUCCAAUCACUACGCCUUUCCCUGACCAUACCCGGACUCCUCGCUAGCCCCUCUAUAGGAAAUGUUGGAAUUGCUAUCGUGUUGUCCCUCUGACCUCUGACCCUGCUCUAAUAGCUGACAUCUGCUUGGGUAUUAAUGAAAAGGGACAGAUGAUUGAACACUCAGUACAUGUAUCACUAUAAUAUAUGUUCGCCAUUGCUGUUUGUGUAAAUUUGAGCAGUCAAAGAACAGCCUUUUAUGUACCCACCCACACAAUUUUGUCUAGGAUUUUAGUAACUUUAGUGGAUUAUUUAUUGGUAGAUAUAAUAUGCACCUGCUCUCAAAACAUGUUCCCUUGAAUGUACAUUUGUUCCCUAAUGUUUUGAUACAGUUGACAUUUUCAUGCUGGCCUCCAAAGAUUAGUUGAAUCUCUGGUAGUAAAUGUCUGCGCUUAAAAGGUAUUAAAAAUAAAUAUAUCUUAUUAGGUUUUCAGCUCUACUGUACUCUAAAAUAGGCAAGAAUUGAAAAAAAUUGAAGUUGGCCAAAAUGCAUUUGUGAAUAUAGUACAUUUUUAUAUGGAAGCACUCUCAAGCUCAUUAUAGUAACACACUUUUACAAUGAAUCAAGAUGAUUUCAUAUAGAAGAAAACGGAAAAAUAAGUACAUUUAAAUGUAGAUAUCUAGAAAGUAACUUAUUAUGUUAGAAUUCUGUCAUGAGAGUUCAUGUAAUAUUCUACUAUUGAAAAGUUUAGUAAUUGCUUUCGUUGCAUAAUUUGUUGAGCGUAUUCUCAUCUGGUCUCCAUUGCAGUACUGGGGGUAGAAUUUUCAGUGUCAAGUUUACUUAUUACAGUGCUUUAUAGUGUAUUUUCUUCUGACAACCUGGGACGACAGUCUUUUGCAUACAUACUGUUUAUUAUAGAAUGUACCUUUUUGUUUACGGUCUUAAUGAAAUGAUCAACUUUGGGAGGUGAAAAUGACUGUACAAUGACCAAAGACCUGCCCACUGUAUGUGUCUAGGGGCUCUAUUCAAUCUGGAUGGCUGAAGCAUUACAGAUUGGGGCGAUUUUAGAAAUGUAAAGGUAAUUUCCGAUUGAGCUGACACAUACAGCGUUUACCUUGAAUACAGUCUCCACAGGAAUAUUGCUGUUAAAAUGUCAAGUCACGCCAACCUGAACUCAGGGGUAUCAUAGUAAAUGUACAUUUGUAUGGUAUGUAUUAAUUUGUGGAUGCCCAUCAUCCAUUCCAUAUAUAUUACAAAUUACAAUUCGUAUGAUGUGUUAUGAAUUGCAAUUCAUACAAUGUUACAAAUUUGCAAUAUGUAUGAUAUGUUACGAAUUCCAAUUUGUUGCGGUUAAAUUUAGCUAGCUGGCUAACGUUAAGGUAGGUAGGGUUAGGGAAAGGGUUAGCUAAGUAGCUGAACAAAUAGUAGUUACUAAAUGCAAAAGUUGUCCAUGAUGAGAUUUGAACACGCAACAUUUGGGUUACUAUACGUUUGCGUUAUAUUACAACCAAACAUCCUCCUUUUGUUUUUGCCUUCGGUAACCGUCUGUUUUAUGUAACCAAACGAAACAUACCAACUAUUUUCAGUUUUCCCAAAAUGUAAUUUUUUAAAAAUGUUACCUAUAGUCUGAGACCAGUCUCAUCAUGCUGUAAAGCUGAACUUCAGCAAUAAAGAUUGAAUGGAGCCCUUGAUGUAAACUGCUGAUGAUUAUUAAGUUCCAUUCGUUGUAUACUUUUACAGCAUCAUCUCUCUGGAAAUUAUGCUGAGCAUGAAGCUUGUGAAUGUGUUAUAUAGAGGCACUAUCUUCUAACUGUUGAUCCUUUCCAAGAAACGUAUCAUCUGCCAUAGCUUCCUAUCUGCUGAUUGAGGAUGAAAAGGGAGCAGGACCCUGAGAGAGUGCGUAGGCAUAUAAGCGGCUUUGAGAGAGAGAAACCGUCGACUAUUCCUUAUUGUCGGAGUUGAUAAUUUGUGGGUAGAUUGUGACCCAAUUGUUUGACACAGUUUGUUCAAAAUGAUCAGUUUAUGGGACGAUGGACGUGGAUUUUAAAAACAAUGGAGUGUUUGUGUAUCUAAUCGUCCUAGACUGUGGCAAUAUCAUUGCUUCCUAUAACACAUUUUUACUCCUCUGCCCCAAACCGUGUUGAUGCAUUUAUUUGAAACCAUCAAUAGUCCAAUUCCAUAUGUUCUGCAGUGCGGGAGCACAUUACUUUAUGGCGCAUGAAUACCCAUAAGUAUGGUCCCAUGAGAUGGCAAUUGUUUUCAACACAGUUCAAUGUGUUUUUUGUUUUAUAACCAAAAUUCACAUGAUUUGAAUUAAAAUCACUUGACAUCAAUGGUAUUAUUAUACCUUUAUUUCAACAAGGAACACAGACUGAGACCACGGUCUCUUUUACAGCUGGGCCCUGUAGCUAGAGGUGUAUUGUGUAAUGCUUAAUUUAAGGCAAUUUGAGUGAGAAAGUGUUCUAAUGUGUGGAGCAUGCCUGACGGCUUCUGUAAUGUUUUCAUGCACUAAGACAACUGUUUUGUUAACAGAUUAAUUUUGCCAUCUUAAGUGUUUAGCCAAACAAAAUUCAAUUAACUGAUUAUUACAAACAUUUGGUUAAUAUAUUGUUAUUAAUAUGAAUAUGUUUUAUGAUUAUUUUACUGUUCGGCAACUAAGUGUACAUAUACCGUCAAAAUUCUGCCAGUUUAUAAGUUCUGUACAUUUUCCUCUGAAUGACUAUGGUCGGUAUUAUGGAUGAACUGAAUGGCACAAGCCUGGCAGAAAGAAUGUCUUGCUUAGGGCUCUAUUCAAUCCCUAUCGUGGAAGUUCUGUGUUACAGCAUGAAAUUUAAAGGCAACGUUUCAGCGUUCGUGGAGACUGCAUUCAUGGUAAACGCUGCAUAUGUCGGCUCAAUCAGGAAUUACAGUACCUUUAAAUAUCUAUCACACAAUCUGUAAUUCUUCAACGACACAGAUUUAAUAGAGCCAAUAUUGUCACAAUGAUUUUCAAAAGCUUUUUUCUGCCUUUGAUAAAAAGUAACUUAUAAUGUUUGUGUUCUUUCUCUGGCUGGACUCCCUUGCUGAUGUAAUUUGUCUUCAGAUUGUAUGUAUUCAUACUCAGUAUAUUUCAAAGCGCUUUUAUGUUGUGUUGUAGAAUAAACAAACAAAUCGA